AUGCGCGCCAGUACCCAGCUCUGGUCCGCUAUUGUGGCGGGCGUCCACGUCUCAUUGGCCAGCUGUACAAACCAGACAUGGCCAGCUCCCUCGGCGCCAACACUGCCGUCUGUGUUCCCUCUACUCGACAGUGCAGAUCUGUUUCCCAUGCCUCUGUGUGGAGGUUUCGAGCUGCAUGAGGCCACUAUUGAUCAGAUGCAGGCUGCGAUGGAGGCUGGUACCUUGACCUCUCAGCAGCUUGUUGCGUGCUACCUGCAACGCACGUAUCAGACUCAGGAGUAUAUCCAUUCGAUUCUCCAGGUUAACCCUGAUGUUUUCCAUAUUGCUGCCCAGAUGGACGCGGAAAGGAAAAAGGGCAACGUCCGCGGCCCACUACAUGGCAUUCCGUUCACGGUGAAGGAUAACAUUGCCACCAAAGACAACAUGGAGACGACAGCCGGUAGCUGGGCACUUAUAGGCAGCAUCGUUCCUCGUGAUGCUCACGUGGUUACUCGUCUCCGUGAAGCAGGCGCAGUCCUCUUCGGCAAAGCCGCGCUCAGCGAGUGGGCGGAUAUGCGUAGCAAUAACUAUUCAGAAGGCUACUCUGCACGGGGCGGCCAAUGUCGCAGCCCGUACAACUUCACCGUUAACCCGGGAGGGAGUAGUACCGGGAGCGCUGUAGGUGUAGCUGCCAACGCAAUUGCGUUUUCUCUAGGCACGGAAACCGACGGGAGCGUCAUCAACCCUGCCAUGCGCAACUGUAUUGUUGGGUUUAAGCCAACGGUCGGUCUUACAUCCAGAGCUGGUGUUAUACCGGAAAGCGAACACCAGGAUUCGGUUGGGACGUUUGGGCGCACCGUAAAAGAUGCCGUGUAUGCUUUCGAUGCUAUUUACGGAGUAGAUCAGCGGGAUAACUAUACCCUGGCCCAAGAAGGUAACACCCCAGAGGGCGGGUACACUCAAUUCAUCUCCAAAAAGGAGAUUCUGAAGGACGCCAAAUUCGGCAUACCGUGGCAGAGCUUUUGGGUACAUGCCGACGACGAAGAAAGGAAAGCUCUCGGGAAGGUCCUUGAUCUCCUCACAGAAGCUGGCGCAACAGUGGUUAAUAACACUGAAAUUCUUGAUUAUGAGACUAUCGUCAGCCCUGAUGGCUGGAAUUGGGAUUAUGGCACGACCCGCGGAUACCCAAACGAGUCUGAGUACACCGUGGUGAAGGUAGACUUCUACAACAACAUCAACACAUACCUGUCCGAGCUCGAAAACACCAACAUAAAAACCAUCCAAGACCUCAUCGAAUUCAAUUACCAGAACGACGGCAGUGAGGGCGGAAACCCCUGGCCUCUUGGCCAUCCUGCAUUCUACUCUGGCCAGGAUGGUUUCCUCGCAUCCCUCGAAACAAAUGGUACCAAGGAUGAGACUUAUAUGCAGGCCGUGGAGUUUACCCAGGGGUCAACUCGGAACGGCAUCGACUCGGCACUCACUCUUGGCAACGGAGACAAGUUGUCUGGUCUUCUUGUCCCUCCCAAUGUGGGCCAGACAUACCAGAUAGCGGCACAGGCCGGAUACCCCAUGAUCACACUGCCAGUUGGGGUUAAUGCGGUUGGCAUGGGUUUUGGAAUCGCCAUCAUGCAGACCGCGUACGAGGAGGCAGAACUAGUUAAAUGGGGGAGCGCUAUUGAGGACUUGCAAUUGGCGAUUAAGGGCAAUCCGUACAAGAGGACACUGCCCAAAUGGCACGAGUAUCUAACGAGGCAGAUUCCCAUCAGGAUGGAUCUUUGA